AUGGCUCCUAUCCGUGUUGGAAUCAUUGGCCUAACUACUGUCAUUCCCUCUGGCGAAGGCUACACCCCAGGCAGUUGGGGCCUUGCCCAUCUGGCCUGUCUCGCCAACUCUCCGCACUACAAGAUUGUGGCCCUGUGCAAUUCCACAGUUGAAAAGGCCCACAAGUCAAUUGAGCAUAACAAACUGGACCCUGUGACCAAAGCAUACGGCUCAGCCGAGGAAUUAGCCCAGGAUCCGGAUGUCGACCUCAUCAUCGUGUCCGUUCACGUCGACAAGCACUAUGCCCUCCUGAAACCGGCGCUCCAAAACAAGAAGAGUGUAUUUGUUGAGUUUCCUCUUACAGGCUCCUACAAGGAGGCCGAGGAAUUGGCAGAGCUUGCUAAACAGGCAGGUGUAAAGUCUGUUGUUGGCGCCCAAGCUCGUGCCAAUCCUGCACUCAAGAAAGUCAAGGAGUUGAUCAAGUCCGGAGCGAUAGGGGAUGUUGUUACCACCAGCUGGACAGGUCACUUGAUUCUUUCGACCUGGUCUGGAAUACCUGAAGCUCUGAAAGAUUUCGUGGAGUUGGACGGUGGACCCGGUCGAAUCAACAUUGGUCUAGGACAUGGUCUCGAUCCAUUUUUGGAUACACUCGGCGACUUCAAAGAUGUCCAGGCUAUCUUCAAAACAUACCAAAAGACCACUUCAUUGUUCAAUUCUACCGGCACGGUGAUUGAUCCUGCGUACAAAGCCACAGCGCCGGAGUAUAUCCUUGUCCAAGGUGUGCUAGAAAGUGGAGCCGUGGCAUCAAUCAAUGUACGCAGUACUCCAACUUCAGUCGACGAAGCCGGAUUCAGAUGGAUCAUCAGCGGCUCGGAGGGUGAAAUUGAAUUCACCAGUCCGGCUGGCGGCUAUAUCCAGGGAUCUGGGCCCAAUUGCAAGGUACUGCUCAGAAAAUGGAAGGGUGGGAUGGAAGAAGUUGAUUUGAGACGCGAUGAGCCGGCUCAUGUUACUAAUGUUCUUGAGUUUGGCAUCAACACGGCUCGUCUAUAUGAGGCGUUUGCUACCGGGGAUGAGGAUGGGUAUCCGUCGAUUGAGUCAGCUCGGAAAGUCCACCAUCUAAUUGAGAGAAUCAAGAAGGUUGCUGUAUGGGCACCCUAAAGGGAAUGCUUCAUAGUGAUGCAGAUAUUUGUGUGGAUUGUGCCUUGAACAAGUCGAACACAGAGUAAGAGCAUAUCCCGGCAUCCGGAACUGAUGUUGGGGACCUCAGAUCUCGUGAAAUAUUCACAUCUAUGUUGGUCUACCAUUGUUUAGAUCUUGAUGUAUCUAGGUUGCUACUAUCUGAUAAACAUACUAUGAACAAUCUCAA